AUGGUACGCUUUUUCGGCAACGUCCAAGCGUCCCUGGGCGACUUCCCGCUCUUCUGGUGCUUUCCAGCCUGUCCGCCAAGCGGAGAUGGCAGGAGCUUCAAUUACACCGUCCUCCCCCAAGACGAGCAGAAAGCAACCAAGCGCGAGCUGUCGAUGUCCAGCAAGGAGAAGGAGAUGCAGCAGAGUCUCAAUGUACCCAAGGCGGAGGCGAACCUCAGCCGCGGCCAGCCCUGCCUGGAGACCACCGCGGAGCCCACCUGCAUCGAGCAGCAGCAGGACGGUUGCGUCGCGGCGGCCGAGGAAGACGUGUGA